AUGAGGAGCUAUAAGAGAUCACAGCUGAAAAUGGAGCUUGAAGAGAUCACAGCUGAAAAUAGUAGGAUAGAACAUGAGGUAGCUCUGAUGAGAUCAGGAAUGGAAGGGAUUAAUGACAUCAAUAGACAAAAGUCGGCCGACUCAGCAAAGGAGAAACUACAGAUGGAGCGAGAGGUGAACCACGUCCAGUCGGUCAUGAACGGUCUGGAGCGUCAACGGACGUCGCUGGCCAAUCAGAUGGACACACUCCGUCGCACACAGGCUACAGGUGAAGAUGAAGAGAAUGGGUGGAAUGGUAUCUCAUCUUACGGUUCCAAAGGCAAGGUGGUCCACCGGAAAUCCUCCAGAGAGGCACUUCUCUCAGGUCCAUACGUCGUAACCGACCUUGACACCCUGAAGUCCGUCGACAUCAGUGCCUUACGCAUAGCGCCCUCAACCCCCGAGACGAACAACAACUCCACAUUCGCAGACACGACCCUCGAUGGGUACAGCGAUUCAAAGCAGAGCUUCAACGAUCCUAUGCAGAGUUAUACCGAUACGAAGCAGAGCUUCAGCGAACCUAAUCAGCAGUACUUGGACACCAAGCGAAGUCAGCUGGAUUCGCCGAUGACACAAGCGAUUAGCCCUGGGGUGUAUCCAGCGCAGAAAGGGCAGUAUAACCAAGGUGAUUCUAUCCUAGGAAGUGGGGACCCCUUCGCAAGGUACAAUGACUCUUAUGAUCCUGCUUCGGGAGAGUACUAUCAGGGAAAGGGUGUUCCGGGAGAGGAUAGUCUUGCUGGGAGGGGGGAUCAGGUUGGGUAUGACCAAAGAGAGUUUAGUCAAGACCAGGAUAGGUAUGACUCGGAUAUGGAGAAGUAUCAGGGUCGGGGUUACGAUCCAGAUUUGUCCCAUCGGAGUGACUUUGAUAGGAGCAUUGGUGAUGCUGGCGGUAACGACGUGAACAAUCUUACCAAUGACUCCAAGGUAUUGGAUGGACAAACCCCAUACAACAUCCCAUCAUUUGACGAUGUCAAUGAUCAGUUGUUUGUCAGCCCAGCUAGGGUUGAUGUCAAUGUCUACAGUGGCAAGAGCAACCUUGAGCCGAGGGUUGCAGAGCAAGGUCUCGUCCAGGCGGAAUACAGCAACCCAGUUUACAGUUCACCCAGCUUCUCUAGCACCCCGCCCCAGGGAUCUGCAUCGACAGGGAAGGGAAAAGGGUUCUGGUCGACGAAUCUGGAUACGAAGGAGACGCACCCGUACCCGGAGCCUGGAGAACUGCUGUUUGGGAUGGAGAAGGAGGAAGAGGUGAAGAGGAGCAUGGAGAAACCAGUGAUGGAGCCGUUGCCUCAUCCAUAUGAUAUGGAUGAAAGCUUUGAACAAAAGUCUCCAGAACCAGUGCAGCCGCCACCCUUGAAAUCACCCGAAGCAAACUCUGAUCUCACACCAGUAGGUCUCUUUCACUAUACCUCUCUAUCUCCUAAGAGCUUUGAUGACCAACCCACCAAGAAACAAUCCUCUAAGCAAUCUCUCGACCGUGCCCAAAAUGCCUUGCCCGACUAUGCAACACAACCUCAUGAUGGUUACACGUCCCCUCCGAACACUAUGAGCAACAGUGCCCCACAGGAUAGGAGCUACUUUGCCGAUGUUCCUGCGGGAAACGCUGUCGGGGAUUCCACGAAGGUCGACGGACCUGCUACUCUGCCGUAUACGAGUAAAGAAUGGGAUGAAUAUGCCAGCCAGCCGCAGUGGGAUUAUGGUUUCCAAGACAACCAAGCCCCGCCUUCUGAGUCCUCCUACAGAUCGGAUGACAGCAAACCAAAGGAACGCAAAACAUCGCUGUAUGGACCAACGCCAUUUAGAAAGACAUUCGCUGUCGAUCCUCUUAGCAAGACUAUCCCAGGUUUCUCAUCGGUGAGUGGAGUGACGAGGAGACGGAAACCAGGAAUGGAUGAGGAGAAGAAGAAUAGGAGAAAGUCAGCAUCGGAGCGUUUAUUAAAUUCUGGAAGUCAGCCUCAUUCUGAGCCUCAGCGAGAUGCUUUCUCUGAUACUGAGAUGGAACCGUCACCUGUUAUGGCUAUCAAACCAGGAAAAUCACCAGUGUCACGGCUCAAACGACAAACCAGUGCUUCUCAACGGCUAAUCCGAUCAGCACGAGCAAAGUCAUUGCCCGGAAACAUCAACCUCCCCUCAUCCGAGAAUGGAACAGUCCAGGCCCCACCUUCCAAUCACGAACCUGUCCCCGCCCCAAUCCUCUCCCCCUCCACAUCCCUCCCGCCCCCGUCCCCCACGCGGGAUGAUGUUUUCGUUACCGGUCAGAAGAAAAUCCACACUUUGGACGGGACGAUAAUGUAUAAGCCAUCGUCACCCUGGGAAAAGGCAUUGGCUAAUGAUUUACCCAUGGGUGAACUCCAGAGGGCGCUAAAGACCAAAGACGAAGAGUUGGAAGAGGAGGAGCAACGUAGGAAGUCUAACUAUGUCUACAAGAGCGAUCUGAAGAAUGUUGAAUUUGAUGAGUCGACUGGGGGAGGACUGCUUGGUAUCCCAGCGAAGGUCCAUAUCCCAGAAAGAUACAACCCUGCUGAUGAAGAUAUGAAUGAGAUCGAGACAGAGACGCCAGAAGAAAGGGCUCAGAGGGAACAGAAAGCUAAGAAAAUGGCUAAGAUUCUAUCAUCACAGAGCAUGCAGGAAUGGCAUCCUAGGGAAAUCUUGCCAGAGUGGAGCGGAGGUCAGCCAUCCGUCGACAUGAAGCAACGCGUAGAACGAGAAAAAGAACUCCGCCAAGAAGUACUUGUCAAGCGACGAGCCCUUGCCCACGAAGUAUCCCAACAGACCAAAGUUCUUGCAGAUUGAAUGCCCUUUAUAGGUAUGAAAAAAGGGACUCGGUCUGCACAGAAUUAAUUCAUUUGCACGAUUUUGAACAGAAAACUAAAAAUUGCAUUUCAGAUUCUAAUCAUGUUUCUGUUUUUAUUAUUUUAGAGCCAUUAUAGUUAUUAAAAAGGCAUGUGUUGAAGCUAGUGUAUUUUCUCAGUUUAUAAUUUAAUCUUUGAAAAAUUAUUAUGUUUAUUUAUUAUAGUUCUCAAAUCAUUAAUUCAUUCGUAAGCACAUGACAUUUUUCAAAGUACAUAUAUAUAACUAUUAGAAGAUUCCUUGCAUUCAGAAAAGAAAAAAACAGAUUCGCUCUAUCUAUAGAACAAAAUUAUGAAUUGCUGACCUCUUUUGUUGCCAAUUCUUAUAAAUGUUACAAGUUCUGCACUAUCAUAAUAAUUUAAUUCACUUCAUCAUUUUAUUAUUAAGAUGAAAUAAUCUGAUAUUUAUCUGUAUAUUUCAUACCAAAUAAGUCCUUUUAAUUCUCAUUACAUAUGUGUAAAUCCAUAAAUUUUUAACAGCAUUUUAUGAAUUAUGGAAAGGUAAAUGCCAUUUUAACAUCAUUAAUAGUAAACUUCAUGUGGAAAAUUUAAAUUGUAUAUCCUAUCCUUUAAAUUUUGCACAACGCAUCUAAACAUUUCAUAAUGCCCUUAGACUCUUCCAUAAACUAUUCGUCCUAUUUUUUUAAACUAUUGGAACUAUAUUCCUGUAAAAUUUUCCCCAUCCUAAAAGAUAUAUUGGAUUUUACAAAAUCAUUUUUAUUUUAACAUAUGAUUAGGAAUAUUUUCUUCCUUAUGCUACUUUUGAAAUAUAUCCCUACUGUAUUUUUCAUCUAAUUAUGAAUUCAAAUUAUCUUAUUCAAUCUGACUUUUCUUUAUUAUUUCAUUGCUGAUAUUAAAGAAUGCAUCCUUUCCUGAAUUUGUUUUUCAUAAAAAAAAAUCAUAACUUUAUUAUGCUCUCAGAAUUUAUUUUGUUAACAUUUUGUUGGAAUGAAUUAAUCAUUUUAUUUAUUUGGACUCUUAACCAGAUCUAAAUUUGUUGUAUUCAUAAUGGAAUGUACAACCAUUUUUCAGAACCAUAAAUCUCUAACAAUUACAUUGACUUAAUAAGCCCAAAGUCACAAAAGAUUUUUAAACCAUGGACAAAGGCUGUAGUGUGCAUCCUGAGAAAGGUUUAUGAUAAACCUGCACUUUUGGCAGAGAGCAAUAAAUUCAUGCUUUUUACUAUAGUUUUAGGCCAUGGUUUAUGAAAAUUAAUUUGUGAAAUUUGACCAAUUAGUUCGUGUAGAAACUCAUAAAAAUUAUUGUUAUUUGAAAGAACCAAUUACCAAAAAAGAAAAAAAAUUAGUUUGCAAAAAUGUAUUGUUCAAACAGAUCAAAAGAUCUUAAAAAGACCCCAUAUUAGUGAUGCCUAGUUAGGUUAAAAGAGCUAUGCAACAUAAUUUUGCAUGAAAUAAACAAGGAUUAUUUUGUAGAACGAUGGAUUAGUGAGAAAUUUGAUCAUUUGUACCAAAAUAACCUGGAUACUUCUUGAGGCAGUUGAAUAUUUUUACAGGUGGAGGAAGAUGUGUUGUUUCGUUGAGUCUUUAAUUUCGCUGUUCUUACUUUUCUAACCAACUGUUUCAUGAUUUCAUCUGCACAGUUUACAUUUACUUGUUUAUUAAAUUAUGCUCUCAUUUUUAUGGCGUUUUGAAGUUGGUGGACUAACAUUGUUUAUUUUUCUCCUCUUUAUUGUUCAAAAUUUGUUGAAACAAUCGUCUUCAUCGUGGCUGUGCUGCCUUUGAAUGGACGCUCAGCCCAAAUGAACGCCGUAGCAUAGACACAACUCACGCACACCAUGCCAGGAGAGCUAAACACAUCCAUUUAAACAACCCUUCCUACCUUCCCCCCUUGGUGUCGGAUGCUAACCAAAAUGUCAUCAGCAAG